GGCGUCAGCGCGUGGCCCAAAGACGACAAAAUCGACCUCCUCGAGGCCCAGAUUCUGGGCCCGGACGGGUCUCCGUACGAGAAGGGCGUGUUCCAGCUGGAGAUUGAGAUUCCUGAAAAGUAUCCGUUUGAGCCGCCCAAAGUCCGCUUCAUCACUCCUAUUUACCACCCAAACAUCGACGAUGCCGGGCGCAUCUGCCUCGACACUCUGAAAAUGCAGCCAAAGGGUUCUUGGCUGCCGUCCGUGAACAUCAGUACGCUGCUGACUACUAUUCGUUUGCUGAUGUCCGAGCCUAACGCGGACGACGGCCUGAUGCCGGAGAUUGCUGACACCUUUAAGCACAACCGCGAGCUGUUCAAUAAGAAGGCGGUGGACAUGACUAUUCAACACGCUCGA